AUCUUAUAUUUAAAAAAUAUUGAAAUUUAUAUAAUUACAAUUUCCGUUUUUGUACAUUUACUUAAAAGUCAAAAAGUACAAAUUUUACAAGGAUUUAAUUUGCCUGAAUAUUUGCAGAUUUAGAUUUACACAUUUGAUAUAUAAACGUGAUAUCGCGAAAAAGAGCCAGAUUGAGUAUCCGAACGACGUAUAUUACGAACAUAUUGUAUUUUCAAUCCAUGCACAUCGAAAGGCUCUGCGGUGAGUUUGUACCGAUAUCGAAAUGAGUUUUUUUUUUGUUAAUUUUAAAGUCACUUAAUAAACAAUUUUUAAUAAUUACGAUGGAUUAUGAUGAAUUUAUGAAUUUCAUUUAUUUGUCUUAUUCUUACUAUAGGUUUGCGAAACUCAUUGAAAAUGUUUUUUCGAAGUCAUUUGCUAUACAACUUAUAGUAAAUACGAUUACUAUUAGCGUUAGUUUACUUCAAGUAAGUUUUUUGUAAUUAGAUAUAUCAAUAUAUCAGAACUCCGAAAAAUAUAAAAUGCAGGUCUAAAAUGCAUGAUUUUACUUAAGCUCUCGAGGCAUUUGAACGAUUUAGAGGAAAUGAUAAGAUACUUCAUCUAUAUUAUUGCUCAACUAUUCCACUUGUUCUGCUUCAGUUUCCAAGGACAAAAAUUGAUAAAUCAUAGUCUGGAAACUCGCGACAAAAUUUAUAAUGGUGCAUGGUAUGAAAUGCCCGUAAGAGACCAAAAACUGCUCUUGUUGGUAAUGAGAAAAAGCAUGGAAGCUAGUACUGUGACUGCCUGCAAGAUAUAUGUGUUUUCUUUGCAAAAUUUCACAAUGGUUCUACAAAACGCGAUGUCGUACUUUAUGAUGCUAUCAUCCUUCAGUGAAUAACUCGAUUCGAAUUAUUAUAGCAUACGCAGUGAAAUAAGGCUGAAAAAUUCUGUAGAAGAAUAUAGUAUUAUUAAUUAUAUCGAAAAUAUAAAUAUAUUUAUA